GGACCAAUCAGCUGCUUCCUCUCAGCGUCACCAGCGGAAGUAAAACAAACAGGCUCCAGCAGCAGCUGGAGAACGGUUGUGUUUUCGUACCUUUACUGAAUAUUUCAGUAUUAAUGUGUUAAUUUCCUCAGCCGGGAAUGUUCAGGGUUUAAAGAAAAGCUUCUCGUUGGAGGAAAAGAUGGAGGAUUUCCGCCGGAAACCCGAAACUAAACCGCACAGAGUCGAUUUUCUAAAUCAGCAUGUUUGGAAGGAGGAAGAGGAGGAGGAGGAAGAUCUCUCUGAGCAGCAGCUUUGGACCCAACAGAACUACUCUGUUCUGGACCAGGAGGAACUCAGAUGUCCAGGUAUUAAAGAGGAACAGGAGGAACCAGAACUACCUGAUGCUGCAGAGGAACAAGAUGAGGAAGAACUGGCAGAUCAGAGGGAACCAGAACAUUUACUGAUCAAAGAGGAACAGGAGGAACUGCAACUUUCACACAUUAAGGAGGAACCAGAACCUGCAGGAUUCGGAUCAGAUCAAGGGGAACCCGAACAUUUAGUGAUUAGAGAGGAAACAGGACAACCUGAACCUUCACACAUUAAGGAGGAACAGGGUGAACUAGAGCUUUCAGGACUCAAGAAGGAGCAGGAGGAACCAGAACCUACAGUAGAACCUGCAGUAGAACCUGGAGGACAUUCAGAACGGUCCCAGUUUGCAGUCGACCUUGAGGAGCCUCAGCUGCUGUCCUUCCUGAUCCACAGCAGUCAGCAGAUCCAGCAGCUGUUGGUGACCCACUCGGCUGAUGGGUUAUUGGACUCCUGGUCGGAUCAGAGGCGCAGCUCCAGGGAACCAGAACCGGAACCAGGAGUGGAUCAUCAGUACAGCCGGUCUGGUUCUGAAGCUCAGGGCCAGAGUGAGGCAGGAAGCAGCGGUCCUGUGUCUGACAGCCGGGUCCACUCCAACCCGGAACCACCUGUGAAAUGUGACGUCUGUGGGAAAGUGUUCAUGUACGAGCACAGCCUGGUGGAACACCAGGGCGUCCACUCGGGCGUAAAGCCGUACGCCUGCGACAACUGUGGGAAGAGUUUCACGCAGCCCAGCGGGCUGAAGGUCCACAUGAGGAUCCACACUGGGGAGAGACCCUUCACCUGCGAGACCUGUGGGAAGAGCUUCCGCUACAGCAGCCAUUUCCACGUCCACCGUAGGACUCACACAGGGGAAAACUCCUUCUCUUGCAACACCUGUGGGAAGGUCUUCACUCGGAUUCGCAGCCUGAAUGUACACAUGAGGUUUCACACGGGCGACUGGCCGUUUUCCUGUGACACAUGUGGGCGGGGCUUCAGUAACGACUUCCAGCUGGACGUCCAUAGGAGGACGCACGCCGGCGAGUGGCCCUUCUUCUGUGAGACCUGCGGGAAAGGAUUCUGCAGGCGCUUCAGUCUGAAGGUUCACAGGAAGACGCACACAGCCGAGAGGCCUUACAAGUGUGAAACCUGUGGGAAAAGUUUCCGUGACCCUUCGUAUUUAAACGUUCACAAGAAAACUCACACAGGGGAGAAGUACUCCUGCUCCACAUGUGGGAAGAGCUUCACCCAGCUGGGCAGUUUGAACGUUCACAGCAGGAUGCACACAGGAGAGCGGCCAUAUCUGUGUGUGACGUGUGGAAAAAGUUUCAUCAACAGCAGCCAGCUGAGCCUGCACAGCAGGACUCACACGGGUGAGAAACCAUUUUCCUGCGACGCCUGUGGUCAGAGCUUCUCCAGGAACAGCAGCCUGGUCGUUCACAUGAGGACACACACCGGGGAGAGACCCUACCACUGCAGGAUAUGUGGGAAAAACUUCACCCAGUACGGCGUUCUGCAGAUCCACGUCAGAACCCACACCGGGGAAAAACCCUUUUCCUGUUCAGCAUGUGGAAAAAGAUUCAAUCAGAGCAGCAGUCUGAUCAAACACAUGCAGGUUCACACCCAGAGGAAGGCGGCUCCUCUCUAAGCCUUCAAAACGUAGAUCUACAGGUUAAAGAAUUUUAGUUAACAUAGACCUGGAGGGUAGAUGUGGGCAAUUCUUCUGGUUGUACCAACUUCUCAGCCAGGUUUCCCUCAAAUUGCUUCUUUAAAAUUCAUUUAACCUGGUUAAAUUACAGGUUAUGUGAGACAGUUUAAAGUUUGGUUUUAGUUGGAGAUAUUUUUAUUUCUGCUUUCAGAUACAUUAAUAUCUCCAAACAUAACAACAAAGAGUAAAACAUGGCAGGAAGAUAAACUAGUUGAAUUCAAAAGAACCAAAAAUAUGUUUAUGAAUGAACAUAUUUUGCAGCGUCACGUUUUCUGACUCCAUUAAUCAACAGAACAGUUUUCUAUUUCUGUUCCAUUUUUUAGUCAAAUGUAGUUUUUUCUUUAUGACACCAAGCUGCUUGGUCUGUCAUAGGAAGCUCAAAUAAAUUACUUAUUACACUAAACUUCAUUAAUUACAUCAUAAAUGCUGAGUAUUUAAUUCUUUAAUAAACUCUGAAAUGUUAGUUUUGUCUUCAUGCUAACUUGAGAGCGACGAUCCGGUUAAUACCGACACAGAACCGUUUAAAUUAAGUCCAGAUUAAAAAUAUUAAAAACUCGCAGGAAGGGAUUUUAUUUAAUAUGAAAUAUAAUAAUAUCCACAACAUUUGGGUUCAUUUUCUGUUAAACUGAUAAAUAUUUUACUCUCUAACUAUUAAAAGAUGAAAAAUUACAAUGAAGGAAUAAUUAAGAAGUUCUAUUGACUCUAGAAGAUUUGUAUCCUUCCUCCUCUAACUUUAACUUUUUUAAUGAAAGAGUCUUUACUUUGACUAGACCGUUGUAUUGCUCCUUCUAUCUGCAAAUAAAAACUAUAAUUGAGUGUUUUUCACUUGAAGUUGUUCAGUCUCACUGUUUCCUCGGGUUAAAGGUUAAGAUAAAUGAGUUCAGUAAAAUCUUCUGGUUCUGGUUCUGGUUCCGCCUCAACGACUCGGCUCUGCUCACUCAGAUCAAAUUACCUGUUUGUCUCUGAGAACUGGGUCAUAAUCUGCUUUAUGGAAAUAAUGUGCUGAAAAUAAAUUAUACAGAUUUGUAA